CCCAAAUUGCAAAUGGGAAAGCUGACGACAAUCGAAUUCGAAGGAAGGAACGAAGCUUACGAUAGAAGGAGGCUUCGAAGAGAGAUUCCAACACACUCUCUCUCUCACUCACUCCACUCUCACCCAGCGGCGCCAAUGCACGUGUAUAAAUAGAGACAAAAGCGACAGCGAAAGGGAAGAACUAUGGCGAGCCCAGCGAAGCCAUGGAAAGCGGAGUAUGCGAAGUCGGCGAGAUCCUCUUGCAAAACCUGCAAGUCCCCCAUCGACAAGGAAAGGUUCAGGCUUGGAAAGAUGGUUCAGGCUACCCAAUUCGACGGCUUCAUUCCUAUGUGGCAUCAUGCUGAAUGCGUACUGAAGAAAGCUAACCAGAUAAAAUCCCCUGAUGAUGUUGGAGGUAUAGAAUUGCUUCGAUGGGAAGACCAACAGAAGAUAAGGAAAUAUUUAGAGGGUGGUGGAUCUCAAGCUACCUCUGCCCCUACUGUAAUGGAAUGCAGUAUUGAAGUUUCACAAACUUCCCGAGCCACUUGUCGUCGUUGCAAUCAAAAGAUUAUGAAAGGAGAGGUACGUAUAUCAAUGAAGCCUGAAGGUCAAGGUGCGAGAGGCUUGGCAUGGCACCACGCAAAUUGUUUCAUGGAACUGUCACCAACCACACAAGUGGAGAAAUUGUCAGGAUGGAGUACCCUUCCAGGCUCUGAUCAGGCAGCUGUUCUUGCCAUGUUUGAGAAGGUUCCAUCUUCCAAAAAAGGUGGGUAAAAAAAUUGAGAUAGAGAUGAUAAAGAAUCAUCAAAAGGUGGAGCAAAACGUAAAAGACCCGUGAAUGAUGAUCAAAAGUCAAAACUUUCUAAAGUUGAAUCUGGUGCAUCAGUGAGCAAGUCGUCAUCUGAAAAGACUGCUGCUGAGCCCCUGGACAAACAUCCUAAAGCAUCUAAUUUGGAGAUUCAGCUGGAGGCCCAAGCAAAAGAAAUAUGGGCUCUAAAAGAUGAUCUCAAGAAGCACGUGACAACCGUGGAAUUGAGAGAGAUGCUUGAUGCUAAUGAUCAAGAUUCAACUGGAUCAGAACUUGACCUGCGAGACCGUUGUGCUGAUGGAAUGCUUUUUGGAGCACCUAAACCCUGCCCAUUGUGCUCUGGUCAUCUACAUUAUUCAGGAGGCAUGUACAGAUGUGGUGGGUUCCUAUCAGCAUGGAGCAAGUGUUCAUACUCUAACACUGAGCCUGAACGUGUCAAAGGGAAGUGGAAAAUCCCUGAGGGAACUAGCAACAGUUAUCUCUGCAAGUGGUUUAAAGCACAAAAGGCAAAGAAACCUUCUCGGGUGUUGCCUCAGCCUUCUUCCAAUAUGUCUCCUGGAAAACACACUGUUAAUGGACAAACUCUGUCAUCAAAGGGUGAAAAGUUGGAAGAUCUGAAGGUUGCUAUUGUUGGAUUACCCAAGGAGUCGAUGGAUGAAUGGAAGGCCAAAAUUGAGGGUGCUGGUGGGCAGGUUCACACUAAGAUAAAAAAAGAUACAAACUGCUUAGUUGUGAGUGGAGUGCUGGAUGAUAAAGGUGCUGACAUGAGGAAGGCAAGGAGGAUGAAAUUACCUAUUGUUAGAGAGGAUUAUCUGGUGGACUCUAUUAGAAGACAGAAAAAGCUUCCUUUUGAUUUGUACAAAAUUGAAGCCAUUGGUGAAGCCUCUAGCAUGGUCACUGUAAAAGUGAAAGGGCGGAGUGCUGUGCAUGAAUCUUCAGGGUUGCAAGAUUCUGGCCACAUCCUUGAAGAUGGGAAAAGUAUAUAUAAUACAACUCUGAGCAUGUCUGACCUUUCAACUGGCGUUAACAGCUACUACAUUCUUCAAAUCAUACAAGAAGAUCAAGGUUCAGGUUGUUAUGUAUUUCGCAAAUGGGGUCGUGUUGGGAAUGACAAAAUUGGAGGGAAAAAACUUGAUGAUAUGCCAAAAUCAGAUGCAAUUAGAGAAUUCAAGCGCCUCUUCCUUGAGAAAACCGGGAACCCAUGGGAAGCAUGGGAAGAAAAGAAAAAUUUUCAGAAGCAGCCUGGCAGAUUCUUCCCAUUGGACAUUGAUUAUGGGGUCAAUAAAGAUGUCUCUAAGAAGAAAAAUCUAAGUUAUGCCGGAAGCCAACUUGCUUCGCCAUUGGUAGAAUUGAUGAAGAUGCUUUUUAAUGUGGAAGCAUACAGGGCUGCCAUGAUGGAAUUUGAGAUCAAUAUGUCAGAAAUGCCACUUGGGAAGCUUAGCAAAAGUAAUAUCCAAAAAGGGUUUGAGGCCUUAACAGAGAUACAGAAUCUACUGAGUAGUAAUGAGCUUGACCUGUCUUACAAAGAAAGCCUGAUUGUUGAUGCAAGCAAUCGCUUUUUCACUGUGAUUCCUUCUAUCCAUCCCCAUGUGAUUAGAGAUGAGGAUGAUUUUAAGUCAAAGGUGAAAAUGUUGGAAGCUCUCCAAGACAUUGAAAUAGCUUCUAGACUAGUAGGUUUUGAUGUUGAUGACGACGAGUCCCUUGAUGAAAAAUAUAUGAAGCUCCACUGUGAUAUUACUCCACUUCCUCAUGAUAGCGAAGAUUAUCGGUUGAUUGAGAAGUAUCUUAACACUACUCAUGCCCCUACACAUACAGAUUGGGCUCUUGAAUUGGAAGAAGUAUUUUCAUUGGAAAGAGAAGGGGAAAUUGAUAAGUUUGCUCCCUACCGAGAAAAACUGGGGAACAGACUACUUCUAUGGCAUGGUUCUCGGUUGACAAAUUUUGUGGGUAUACUUAGCCAAGGAUUGAGGAUAGCCCCUCCUGAAGCUCCAGCAACUGGCUACAUGUUUGGCAAGGGAAUCUACUUUGCUGACUUGGUCAGCAAAAGUGCUCAGUAUUGUUGUACUGAUAAGAAAAAUCCUACGGGCUUAAUGCUUCUAAGUGAAGUUGCCUUAGGAGAGGUUUAUGAGCUCAAGAAGGCCACAUAUAUGGAUAAACCCCCUGAAGGGAAACACUCAACUAAAGGGCUUGGCAAGAAGAUACCUUUGGAAUCAGAAUAUGUAAAGUGGAGGAAUGGAGUAGUUGUGCCAUGUGGCAAACCAGUGACAUCAAAAGCUAAAGCAUCAGAUUUGAUGUAUAAUGAGUACAUCGUCUAUAAUACAGCUCAAGUUAAGAUGCAAUUCUUACUGAAGGUGAGGUUUCAUCACAAGAGGUGAGACUGCUCUGGCCUCUUCUGAUGGAUAGCUUGAAGGUAUGAUUAUGUGGAAAGUGUGAGUUGGUCUUUUUGGUUUGGGCAUCGAUUCUUCCUGGUGAAUGGUUUGAGUAAUAUGCAUGGUAGUUGGCUACCAAAACUUGUACCAGAUAAUUUCGUGUGUUCCAUGACUCUACUUCUCAACAUAUCAGAUCUCAUUUUGCUUUGUCCCUUUUUGGAGAUCUGAGAGUGAUGAGAAUGGCUUAUGUAAAUAGCAGAAAUUAUGUAUGGAAUCCCAAAUACUUUCAGCUGAUAUUUAUAUUGGGUUCAAUCUUAUUGCUUUCUUUUCUCAA